UUUGCUACAUUUGCAAUGACGAUUCAAAAUUUCUCGUCUAUGAAUAUAUGGAGAGAAGGAGCCUGGACCAAUGGCUGCAUGUGAAGAAGACAUCAACAAGUGUCUCAGGUUCAGCCUGCUUGGACUGGUCUAAGAGGUUCCAGAUUAUCGUGGGAGCAGCACAGGGCCUGUCCUACCUGCACCAUGACUGCUCGCCACCCAUUAUUCAUCGAGAUGUGAAAUCAAGCAAUAUACUGCUAGAUUCUGCUUUCAAUGCAAAAAUUACUGAUUUUGGUUUGGCCAAGCUGUUGGUUAAGAAAGAAGAAGAGACAGCAUCUGUUGUGGCUGGCUCCAUCGGCUAUAUAGCUCCAGAGUAUAUUCAAACAGCGAGAUUGAACGAGAAAAUUGAUGUUUACAGCUUUGGGGUUGUCCUUCUUGAACUAACAACUGGGAAGGAGGCUCAUUUAGGAGAUGAAAAUACAAGCCUAGCAGAAUGGGCAUGCAGUCACCUGAUUGAAUAUAGACCUAUAGUCGAUGCUUUGGAUAAGAAGAUCAUGGGAUCUUCUUGCUUGGAUGAAAUGAUCACUGUUUUCAAACUGGGGGUUAAGUGUACAAGCAAACUGCCUUCUGAUAGGCCUUCCAUGAGAGAGGUCUUACAAAUCCUAGUUCAAUACAGUCAUCCGCUUGUUUAUGGAGGGAAGAAUACGGGUAUUGAAUUCAAGAAUGGACGUGCAUUAGACAGUGAUGAUAAUGUCUGAGCUCUCUCUGUUUGUACAUUUGCAGUACCAACAAAGUCUCGAGUUCAAGUCCCAAUUGUAUUCAAUUACUAAAAAAAAUGUGCCCAAUUUGAAGUUUUUAGCAGAAAUAAGUUAUAGAAUAGUUUUCCACAAGCAAAUAUUAGCUAGAGGGUCAGAUAACCCGUAAGCUUUAAGAAAAUAAGCAGAUCUUGCACAACUAUGUGCAACUCAGCAGACUUCGUGUAGUUGUACUUUCUAAGACUUCCACAAUCCAAGCAUUAUAAAGAGUUCACUACACUAUA